ACAUUCCUCAUCAGACUUCUUUCAGUAGGAUUCGAACCGACGAUCUCACUGACUCAGCCAGUUGCCUUACUUAAAAGCAAUUCGCACAUAUUCGCCUGUGUCAUAGCGUUACAUAGCUUUUUUACACUGUGCAAGAUGUGUUUUCUUAAAAAAAAAAAACUAUUGUUUGCACUUUGUGACGGGCGUGACAUUAAAAUAUGCUUUGCUUCAAUAUAUAAUAAAAUAAUCAGUACUUGCCCGAAAAUAUUGAAAAUUACACUGUUACAAUGCAAAAAAGACAAUAGACUACGAAAAUCAGUCUUGUCAAUUUUGAAGAAAAUUAACCUCUCAUAUGAGUUUGUAAACGAUACAACCUAAAGUAAAAAAAUAUCUGAUUUUGGGAUAAAUUUCGAAAUUGUAGUUUUCAGCCUUGGAAGUUAGAUUUAUUUACUAUAAUUUAUUUGAAAUAAUAAACACGAAUUCUUAAGUUUAUUUUCGUUUCAUUCGGUGUCGAUUACCGGGGAAUGAGCCUAAUGUAUUUCCGUUUUAUUAAUAAAAUGCUUUUUUGUGUUUGUAGCAAUGCCGCCGUCUAUGAAUCGGAUAAGCUUUAGCAGUGUAGCUCAUCAGUUGCCGGCAACAUCUGUACCGCCAUCGACUACGUCUGAUCACCAACAAAUAUCUCACUCAACCAUGGCGGCAGCUGGCUCCACUCCUGUCGGCGUUUAUAAUCCUGGGCCUCAACUCACCCAAGUGGGUCAUAUUCAACUAAGACAGUCUUUGCCGCCCAUUUCUCAAUUUGGUCACUUGCUACCUAAUGGACCGGCAAAUCAAAUAAGUGAUGCCAACAACGUUUUACCACCAGAUCAACUGCAGCAGCAGCAACUUCCUCAUCAUCCCCGCCCACAACAAUUUGGUCUCCUACCAAAUGCAACGCAACAGCCACCACAAAAUGCGUUUAUGACACCGCUACCGACAGUUGGAAUGGCACCACGCUUGCUGCCACUCAAUCAUGGCAUGCAUAACCCGGCAAAUGGUGGCGAUCAAUAUAGUCAAUUACAAAAUCAAAUGGCAGCAAUAUCUCUCACAGGUGGAGCUAAUCAGCCGGUAACACAAAAUUUCCUUGUACAAAAUGAUCCAAAAUAUAACAUUCCAAUUUACCAGCAGCAACGGUAAGACGAUGGCUGGUGUCGAAUAUACUUCAUAGCUAAUUUUCUACUCUAAUAUUUUUGUUAAAAACUUUAUGUCUACAUUCAUACAUACACUUGUGAUCAGUUAAUUAA